GCCUGCAGUGGAGCCACAGCCUGCAGUGGAGCCACAGCCCGGAGCAGCAGCCGCGGGAGCGGUGGGGCCUGGGGAGAUUCAGCGCCGCCCGGCUGGGCCGCCCCCCCCCCCCGGCACCGGAGCCUGGGGAGCCCCCCGGGGACGAAGCGGAGGCCCAGCGGAAAGCGGCGGAGACGGCUGCUCAGCUCCGCGGAGGCCCAGGAGCAGCCGCGGCCUGCCGUGGUAGCCGGGCCCGGGCAAGAGGCGUUGGGGCCUGGGGGGAAGCAAGGGACAGCCUCUGGGCAGCAGGGGUGGGGGGGGACACCCCCUAGCCUGCUGGGGUGGGGAAGAGACCCUGCCUUCGCUUCCGCGCUCCAUCCACAGCCGUGAGGGGACAGCCCCGCUAGGCAGCCCUGCUCCCGGCGUGGGGGGCACCCCGGUAGUCCCUCGCUGACCCCGCUUACCUGCGAGACCGAGGCACACCCGCUUGCCAGCCCCCUCUCCCCGCAACUGGUGGGGGAACUUAACAUUAACCCUGUUCUCCACUAAUGAGCCAAGAGUGAGCAGAGACUCCGGCCACCAAGCCCUGGUAACUACAGAGAAGCAGGUCUGUGUCCUCAGAGUCCCGUUGCUGAGGGCUGUGAGAAUAACCUAAGCCAUCUACACCCCCUGCUACUGUGGGAAUUUCUUCUCCAAGUGAAGGAGACAGCACUUCCCCUGGUCUCCUUCAGACGAGAUAGAAGAAACCUCAUAUGCCCAGGAAAGACAGUCUCCAAGGUAGAAGUAAGCAGGAGCUCCAGAAACAUAGUAAUUUAAAUCUUUUACACCUGCUCAGCAGGCAGCAGAGAAAGCGAAACAAGGGGAGAGAAAGGGUCAGAUUUAGAUAUUCUUUCCUUCUCCAGUUGCUGUUAACUAUUGGAGAUAAAGGUAAUUUCCAAUACUGACCUGGGACAUCCUUUGUCCCAGGGAAGAUCCCUCAUCCCCUAAUCCCCAUACGGUUUUCUUCAAAUACCCUGUGCAAGGAGAGAAGCGGCACCUCCCAGUUACAGGGAAAGGAGAAGGCAGAUUUUGCGAACAGUAUCUACAGAGAUAGCAAGGGUGGGUUUUUUUAAAUAAAGAUUUGCUCACUCUUAAGGGUAAGGUUCACCUAGAGGAAAGAGAAGAGAGAUUUACAGGUAGGGAAAUUGAGGGAAAUUGAUACCUAAAAUUAUCUGGCAAUCAGUGAAAAAGCUGUCUCCUAGGGGAACAGCCCUUAAGUAGUUAGCUGCCAAAAGGGAGAGAGGAUCUCCAUCCUGGCAUAAACUCAGCAGUUUUAGGGGACCAGCAGUCCCAUGCAGAUUGUUUAAUACUCAAGAUCCUGGUUUCAUCCACAAUCCCUUCGCCUUCAAAAUAUUUCUUGAAGAAGCUCUUGGAAUAGCUGACAGCAGUGCUCUGGUGAUGGGUCUUGGAGAAGAAGUGUGAAGGGCAGCACUCCAGAAAUCAACAUUGAAGAUAAUCCACCUCCCUUCAGAAAAUAUUCCAGACAGAGUUGAAUACCACUUUUAUAGAGGACUGUACCUGUAAAGUCACCAUGCAAAUUUAGCCCUGUGUCAGAUACUCCUGUUUCCAGCAGCAUGGCCUCUGACCUGGAAAGCAGUCUCACUUCCAUAGACUGGCUCCCACAACUUACUUUAAGGGCUACUAUUGAAAAAUUAGGGGGUUCCUCACAAGCAGGACCUCCAGGAGCUGCCCGAAAGUGUCCCCCAGGCUCACCAACAGAUCCCAAUGCCACCCUGAGUAAGGAUGAGGCUGCAGUACACCAAGAUGGGAAGCCACGUUACAGCUAUGCGACUUUGAUCACAUAUGCCAUCAACUCAUCACCUGCCAAGAAGAUGACACUUAGUGAGAUCUACCGUUGGAUCUGUGACAACUUUCCCUACUACAAAAAUGCUGGUAUUGGUUGGAAGAAUUCUAUUCGUCAUAACCUCUCUCUGAAUAAAUGUUUUCGGAAGGUGCCUCGACCACGAGAUGAUCCUGGAAAGGGCUCUUAUUGGACAAUAGAUACGUGUCCAGAUAUAUCUCGCAAGAGGCGGCAUCCUCCAGAUGAUGACAUGCCGCAAGACUCCCCAGAGCAAGAGGCAAGUAAAAGCCCCCGAGGCACUGUUCCAGUCAGCACAGAAGCAUCUUUGCCACCUGAGGCAACCCCUCAGCUGUCACUCCAGAGCACCACCCCCAUUGCCAACUACAGUCAGCAGGGUGCAGGGCCUGUGGAUGUUGCCUCUACUGUGGCAGGGGGGCAGGGCCGCGAAGGGGCUGAUGUGCCAACCCCACUGUACAGUGCCAACCAUGACUUCAAAUUCUCCUAUUCUGAGAUCAAUUUCCAGGAUCUUAGCUGGUCUUUCCGAAAUCUCUACAAAUCUAUGCUGGAGAAAUCAUCUUCCUCUCAGCAUGGUUUCUCUUCUCUCCUUGGUGAUAUGCAGCCCUCCAACCACAACUACUACAUGUACCAGCAGCAGCAAGGCCCUUCAUCAGUGGGUUCUGCCACGCCACUUCACACUCCAACCCCAGAGGGUUGUCCACCCCAAGGGGGAAAACAGCAAGGUGGUGAAGGUUAUGGUCCUCCACCAGUGAUGUCCAUGCAUCCACCCCCAAUGCAGCAUGGAGGCUACCACCAGCAUCAACAGCAUCACCCACACUCCCACCCACAACAGCAGCCACACCAACAGCAGCAGUCACAGGCUUCAAUCAACAGUGCUGGCUUUGCUUUUCCCUCUGAUUGGUGCUCCAACAUUGAUUCCCUGAAGGAAAGCUUCAAGAUGGUAAACCGGCUGAACUGGUCUAGCAUUGAGCACUCCCAAUUCUCAGAGCUGAUGGAGAGUCUGCGCCAGGCUGAGCGGAAGAACUGGACGCUGGAUCAACAUCAUAUUGCCAACCUCUGUGAUUCCCUUAACCAAUUCCUUACCCAGACUGGUCAGCUUCCUCAUCUGGUUGGCCCACAACAGCCCCCUCGAAUCUCUGAUUCUUGUGCCCUGAACAGUGGGAAACAGGAGCAACCCAUGAAUCAAGUCAAUUCCUAUGGUCAACCCCAGCCUCCCCAUCUCUUCUCCGGGCCAUCUCCUAUGUAUCAGAUUUCCACCCAGGACUCUCCAGGAUAUAAUCGCCCAGCUCACCAUCUGGUUCCUCGGCCUCCAGGCCCUCCUCCAGGUGCCAGUGAGGAAAUUCCUGAUGAUUUUGACUGGGACUUAAUCACCUAGUGAAUUAAAGACUUGAUAGUCCGUCCUUGGUGAAGGACGAUGGAGGGGGGGCACACAUGGGGUCACUGGUGCCAGCACCACCCUCCCCAGCCUCCCUGCCUCACUUGUAAAUAGAUAUAUAUUCUCUAUCUCUGCCAGAGAAGCCACCACAAGAUGCCGCCGAAGAUAAUCCUUCCUUGCGUCCUGUUUUUUUUUCUUCUUUUUAUUCUUCUGUUUAUUAUUAUUAUUGUUAUUAUUAUUACCAAUAAUUGAGCACAGCCCUCCCCCUCCUCUGGUGGCCUCAGAUGCAUCAGAAUGGCUUCUUUCAUGUUGUGUGGUGCCCUAUGGAGGGUGGAAAGAUGGGUCCUUGGUGCCAUGAAAAGACCUUGGAAGGCUGAAUCCUUGAGUGCAUCUUUCUCUGCCUCCAUUGUUUUACGUUUAACAAUCCCUCUUUCCCUUCAAGUUGGCCAUCAAAUCUGCCGCGUUGCCUACUGGAGUGAGAGAGCCUAGUGAACCCUGGGAGCCUGUAUUUUUGUUGUUUCAUAAAUGUCGUAAAGGUCGGGGGGCUAAAGGGAUGCUGGAGGGGGUGAUCUUAGCUCUGUGAACUUUCUCGCACCAGGAGGAAAAGCAAGGAGAGUUCCCACGCAUAAAAGGAAGGGGUAACCCCUAAGAACUGAGCUGAUCUGGGUGAAGAGACCUUGGUUUGGAGAAAGGAGAAUGUAGCAGAGAAGGUGUUUCAGCAAAAAAGUUGAGUCUCGGAAUGCUGUGUCAUCUGAGAGGGCUGAGAGUAUGAGGGAAUUCAGACCUAUCUUCUACACUGCCUUUUGCAGUGAAACAUCCAUACCCAUCAGAUACAAGAAGCAGUCAGGGGUGUCAUGUGCUUCAGCAAAUUCCAUUCCCCAGAGCUUUUCAUUUCACCCCACACCUCUACAAACGCUUCUUCAGAAUAUGUCAUGAGGCUUUUACUUGCAUAUGCAAAUUUGGAAGUUUUUUUCCCAUGAGUAUUUUUUCAGUUGUUAACCCCCUUGUAUUCCUUUGAAGACUGUCCUUGCCUGUAGUUUGAGAGCAGCCAAAACCAGGAGUCUUGGUGCAGAGGUGCAAGUUCUCGGUCAGUGGUUCCCAUUUUGGGAAUAAGCUAACAGUGGGGAAAGAAAGCUGCUGCUCAGUGUGGAGGUGGAUGAGGGUACUUCUGGUCAAAUAACUUGAGGCCCUCACAAGAGGGUUUUGUAAGAGAUACAUUAAAAGAGAGAGGAUGAAGUGAGGCAACUUUUUUUAAACCAAAUGGACAAAGGUCAGCAUAGAAGGGAGGAGGAUGGGUCAAGCCAGCCCCUUGCAGUUGAGCUGGGGAGAUGAUGGAAUCUAGUGUAAAUCCUAAAUGAUAAGUUUUGUCAGCACUUGCAGAUCAAGAAGGUGGAGAAGGUGCCAGGAACAGGAGGGAGUGUUGAGACUUCUCAUCUCCAAAGCUGUGUCCCAUGUUCCCCUUUUUUCUGGCAUGGCCCUGUUCUGCCAAACCUCUUGUUCCUCUUAGUAUUUUGUAAAUCCUGCCCCCAGCCCUUAUUCCCUGUUUGCCAGUGAAGGGAACCAAGGUGAAAGUGAAACCAUUGUGGCCACUUGUCAGACUUGGAGUGUGGAAGUCUGCUCUGAGUGCUGCAAGGUGGGGAACUAUCAUGGUAUUUUAUGUGUGCUGUAAGGAUAAACUGGUUGGAUCUUUGUCAGGGAAGAGGACAGUCUCGUCAUACUGCAGGGAGGGGACAUUUUUGUUUGUUUUGUUUUGUUUCUUUUUUAAGUGUGUGUUUGAGGGGAGGUGGGGGGGAAGUUCAUCACUGAGUGUUUCCAAGAGAAAUGAGGAAUUCCAGACAACUUGAAUAUGGAGUCAGCUGUUCUUUCUGCUGCCUCAGGAUGGGAAUGAUACAGCUUGGAAGCGGCUGUGACAAUUUUCUGUGGAAUGUGGCACCAGAGACAGCCAUGAGAGACAACCUCUGGUAGAUGCCAGUUAGUGCUUUACAGAGGAUGUUAGAGCUAGCCCUGUAGAAGCCUGAAAACACCACCAGGAACAAAAACAAGAUGUCUCCUUCUGCGUAUCCAAGUGUUCCUCACUUGCAUAAUUGCAUUAUUUGAAUAUUAAGUUGUGCCUCAUUUGCAUAUGUAAAUACAUGCAGGUCAGUGUGCAAAUUAGCCUCAUUCCUCUGCCCCUCAUUAGUGUGUUGGAAGGCAUGGGGUGGGUGUUUCAGAGCUCUGCAGGGAGGGGAGGGAUGCCAGCCUGUCCCAGAGAGGGAUUCUUGGCAAGGCCCCCCUGUGCUUUGUGUCAGUGGUCAGGGAGAGAAGGGCAUGGUUUCACGAGUUUAUUUUUGUGCAUGCUUUCUUAAUAAAAAGAAAAAGUGAAUGUUUAUGGUUUAA